UUUAACAUUCACCCUUGCAAAACCUUGUGUUCCAAUUUUGCCCCCUUCUCUUCUCCCCACUCUUUCUCCUAGACAGCAAAUAAUUCAAUAUAUGUUAAACAUGUGCAAUUCUUCUAUACAUAUAUCCACAAUUUUCAUGCUGCACAAGAAAAAUCAGAUGAAAAAGGGAAAAGGGAAAGAAAACAAUAUGCAAUCAAACAACAACAAAAUAAAUUGAAAAUAUUAUAUUGCAAUCUACAUUGGCUCUCAUCGGCCUGAAUCACCUCAUGACUUAAAAGAGCCCCGUCCCUCAGAAUUGAUCAUCUCAUAAUCUUGUUGUUGCCAUGUACAACCGUUCUCUUAGAUCUGCUCAUUUCCCUCAGCACCAGUUCCUGUAAGUCUCUCCAGGUUUCUCUGAAAUCAUUUUGCUUAUCGUUUCUUACAGAUCAAUAAUAUUCCAUAACAUCAUCCCCCAACUGACAGGCAUGCGCUCUCUUGCCACGACAGGAAGCUUUGCUACAUUUUUUGACAUUUCCUUUUUUUAUGAUCUAGAAGUUUUGGGGAAGGAUGUCCACUUGCCUCUAGGCUGUCAGCAUCCUCGGUUCAAUAUGAAUGGCAAAAAAAAAAAAAAAAACGCUGGAAUUUCCCGUGCUUUAGAAAAACUUUCCUUCACUCCGAAUUCAGUGGGAGGGAAGGCAAGUUCCGGGUUUUAUCACGCAUAUGUACAUAAGGAACGAAGAGAUUAAGAUAAAUUUCUCGGGGAUGCACGCGAGUUUGGCCAAAUAGCUCCGGGGCCACCAAAGCAAGCUCCUCCCACCCCAAACCGGGAAUCCUAGGACUACAUGGUCUCCAAGUCCCUUCCAGCUGCUACAUCCUGGGGGUUACAGCCCAGACUCCUCAUUUCCUGUUCCCCACCCUUCCACUUUCACUCCCCAAGCUUUUCCCCACAGCCAAACUUCCUCUUGUCUGUAUGUCUACAGCAAUUGAACUAUCGCGACAUGCCCCCGACAGCAAACUGCCAAGACCAAUCCAUCAAAGUGUAAAAUACAGAACCGGAUGCUUUGGGUUCUACUUCGACUUUGGGACGAGCGAGGAGAGGGCAGGGAGUGGUCCCCGGAACAAACAUUCCUCCAGGGCCCGGAUCAGCCCCGGGAGAUGACCGGCGGAGGCCCGGAACGCUCAAUCAGCGAGCUAUAGGGAGUGGGGGUAGUGGAAGGGUGAGGAGCGGGGGGUGUGGUUGGUAAAAGAAUGAACACCCAGUACUUCCGGCGAGACCGGAAGAGGAGGCGAGGGAGGCGGCUACGGGCCCAGGCUCACGGGGAUGGCCGGGCGGACGACGCUGCUGGCCCUGCUGGCCGGUGCCGCAGCGCUAGCGGACGCUUCCCAGGGUGACCGGGAGCCCGUCUACCGGGACUGCGUUCUCCGCUGCGAUGAGUGGAACUGCUCCGGGGCCGGGCUGCAGCACUUCCGCUCCCACCAGCCAAUCUACAUGAGUCUGGCAGGCUGGACCUGCAGGGAUGACUGUAAGUAUGAAUGCAUGUGGGUCACCGUGGGUCUCUACCUUCGGGAAGGUUACAGAGUUCCCCAGUUUCAUGGAAAGGUCUCGCUCAACGCCUGGUUCUGGUCCACAGUCUUUCACACCAGGGACACGAGCCUCACCGAGAAAAUGGACUACUUCUGCGCCUCCACGGUGAUCCUGCACUCCAUCUACCUGUGCUGCGUGAGGACUCUGGGGCUGCAGCGCCCGGCUGUGGCCAGCGCCUUCGGGGGGCUCCUGCUGCUGCUGCUGGCUGCCCACGUCUCCUACCUGAGCCUCGUCCACUUCGACUACGGCUACAACAUGGUGGCCAACGUUGCCAUGGGCCUGGUGAACCUGGUGUGGUGGCUGGGCUGGUGCCUUUGGAACCGGCCUCAGCUGCCUCACGUGUGGAAGUGCGCUGUGGUGAUGGUUCUGCUGCAGGGGCUGGCUUUCCUGGAGCUGCUGGACUUCCCUCCCAUUUUCUGGGUCUUGGAUGCCCACGCCAUCUGGCACAUCAGCACCAUCCCCAUUCACUUCCUCUUCUUCAGUUUCCUCAUGGAUGACAGUCUCUACCUUCUCAAGGACACCCCCAUCCCACUGAAGGUGGAUUGAAGAGGCUGGGGGCGGCGCCGCUUUGCCCCGGCCUCAGCCCUGGCUCCUGGGAGCUCCAGCCCACAGAGUGGCCGGUUUUUCUUUUUAAUCCUUAAACUUGGACUCUGGCGGAGAAGUGAUUCCGGGACUCUGCCCCUUUCUCCACGCCAUUGCCCUCUCACUGCCUUCCAAGUGCUGUUGGACUCGUGCUAACUCCCGCUCCCAUUCUGCAGACAUCGAGGGAUGGUGGGGGAGCCUGAUGAGUGUUUGGAACACCCCCGGGACCUAAGGCUGCCUUCCCUCACCCUGAGUGUGCCCCCGGCCCGAGGGCUCCCCCCUCCCUGGGAGGCCAGGAGGGGGCUUCCUCCCGCGGCACCACUAGGUGGCGAUGGAUGCUGCUGUCUGACAUCCCAGGUGGGGGCUCCGGGCCCCCCCUCCCCGAGAGGUGCACAGAGGCCCCAUGGAGCCAGCCUAGAAGAAGCAGGCCCUCGCUUUGUGCGCACCCUCGGGAGGAGCCACCACCUUCCCCUCGCAGGGCCCCAAGCCCUCUCCAUCCCCCGGCCAGGCAAAGAGCCAGAGAAGCCCGGCCACUGUUUGGCUCCGAGUCAGACUGGCUCAUUCUCUUGCUUCUCAGGGAAAAACGGGCUGUGCGUGUGUGCCCGAGUGUAGCUGUGAGUGUGGGCACGUUCGUGGGGAUCUGGGCCUCGGCCAGCCUCCCGCUCGGCAAAGGAGGCCCGCUGUACGUGAAGGAAGGACCCCGAGGGUGGACCUCCUCUCCACGGCCCUCCUCGAUGCUCACCUCCGCUCCCCCCUCAAUCCCUUAUUUUGGGCAGGCCUGACCCUAGUCCCACCAGGGAGCCAGACUUGAGCUAAGAAAAUAGCUCUCCUCAAGGGCCUUCCUGUCCCCUACCUUGGGCGCCCCCCACUCCACAGCCUCCCUGCUCGAGCCAGUGCGAGAGACCAGCAUCUCUCUGACCCACGGGUCACUUAAGCUUCCUGAGGCCCCAUUUCUUCAUCUGUAAAAUGGGAGGAACAGUCCCUCUAUUACUGCCUCACAAGACUGUUGUGAGGCUUCAAGGAGAUCAUGUAUGUAAAGUGCUUUGCAGAUCUGAA